CCCUGCAGCCGCAGGCCUGCAGCGGUCCGGCAGGCCUCAGCGACCCUCAGAGCAGCUGUGUUCUCUUGAGCCGGAGGCCACCAUGGACUUGUACCCUGCGCGUCAGCCGGGGAUGUCCUGCCCGCGGCGCCCCGGAAGCUCAGGCCGCGGGUCGCCUUCCGUCAGCUGUAGCCGACUCCGCCAGGUACAGAGCAUUCUGACCCAGAGCAGCAAAUCUCGACCUGAUGGGAUCCUCUGCAUCCUAGGAAUUGAUAGCAGGUACAAUGAAGGGUGCAGAGAGCUGGCAAAUUACCUUCUGUUUGGUUUAUACAAUCAAAAUAACAAUGAUUUUGAGAAAACGGGAUUUUCUGAGGAAGUUCUAGAUGAUGUGAUUAUACUGAUUAAAUCAGAUAGUGUCCAUCUGUACUGUAAUCCUGUCAACUAUCCAUAUCUUUUACCCUAUGUGGCACAUUGGAGAAACUUGCAUUUCCACUGCAUGACUGAAAAUGAGUAUGAAGAUGAGGAAGCUGCUGAAGAAUUUAAAAUUUCCAGCUUUGUAGACAUGGUUCGAGACUGUAGUAGAAUUGGCAUUCCUUACAGCUCCCAAGGUCACUUGCAGAUAUUUGAUAUGUUUGUGGUGGAGAAAUGGCCUAUUGUACAGGCUUUUGCACUUGAGGGCAUUGGAGGAGAUGGUUUUUUUACCAUGAAAUAUGAGUUGCAGGAUGUGAGUUUGAAUCUAUGGAAUGUCUACAGCAAGAUGGAUCCUAUGUCUCUGGAGAAUUUGCUUUCAGAAGAUUUGGUAGCUUUUGAACAUCAGUGGACUAGCUUCUUUGCUAAUUUUGACACAGAAAUUCCUUUCUUGCUGGAACUUUCAGAAUAUCAGGCCGGUGAGCCAUUCAGAAGUUACUUCAGUCAUGGAAUGAUCUCAAGCCAUAUAACUGAAAAUAGCCCUAAUCGGCAGCCGUUUGUUCUCUUUGGUAACCACUCCUCACGAGAAAACCUGAAUGCUGGCAACUUUAACUUCCCUUCUGAAGGGCAUCUGGUGCGAAGUACUGGUCCUGCGGGGAGCUUCGCCAAACACAUGGUCGCACAGUGUGUCUCACCAAAGGGACCUCUGGCAUGUUCAAGAACGUACUUUUUUGGAGCUACUCAUGUUCCUUACUUGGGUGAUAAUGACAAGCUGCCCAAGAAAACUGAACAAAUUAGGCUCUUAUCCCAGAUAUAUGCUGCUGUCAUUGAAGCUGUUUUGGCUGGCAUUGCAUGUUAUGCUAAAACUUCCAGUCUGACAAAGGCCAAGGAGGUAGCAGAACAUACCCUUGACUCUGGGUUAGAUUUCUUUGAAUUGGUUCCAUUUAAGGCAGCCUUAUGCUCCAAUAUGGCUUUUCAUAUACAUGCUGUGAAUAAUCAGGGAAGAAUUGUACCUCUGGACAAUGAAGAUAGUUUGUCCUGUGUGAAAACGGCUUAUAUGACUGUCUAUGACAUUCCUGAUUUGCUGGGAGGAAGUGGUUGCUUAGGAUCUGUGGUCUUCUCAGAAUCCUUUUUGACAUCUCAGAUCUUGAUUAAAGAAAAGGGUGGCACUGUUACCCCAGAGACGAGCUACAUUGUCCUGACAGCCGCCAUACCCAGAUUCUGCUCUUGGCUGGUAGAAGACAAUGAAGUAAAAUUGUCAGAGAAAACCCAGCAAGCAGUGAGGGGAGCCGAGUGUUUGCUGGGCACUUUGCUAACUGGGGGAGAAGGAGCGUAUCUUUAUUCCAGUAGUCUCCAGUCCUGGCCUGAGGAAGGGAAUGUGCAUUUCUUCUCUAGUGGCCUUCUCUUUUCUCACCGUUGUUUUGGAAGUAUCAUCAUUUCCAAGGAUCACAUGAAUUCUGUCUCCUUCUAUGAUGGGGAUUCUACCAGUAUAGUGGCUGCUCUUCUCAUAGACUUCAGAAGCUCAUUACUUCCUCAUCUCCCAGUUCAGUUCCAUGGAUCAAGCAGUUUUCUGAUGAUUGCCCUUUUCCCCAAAUCAAAGAUAUAUCAAGCAUUUUACUCAGAGGUCUUUUCCCCCUGGCAACAGCAAGAUAAUGCAGGGCUAUCUUUAAAAGUGAUCCAGGAAGAUGGAUUAUCUGUGGAACAAAAGAGAUUACAUUCCAAUGCACAGAAGCUCUUCAAUGCCCUGAGCCAUCCUACUGGGGAGAAGUGGAACUCUCUGAAGCUGCUCUCAGCCAAAAUCCCUGGGCUGGACUGGUUUCUCCAGCAUUUUGCGGUCAGCAGUAUUAGUCAGGAGCCUGUGAUGCAGGCCCAUCUUCCAGUUGUGCUGCAGCAAUCUGAAAUCAGCCCUGUUCACAGAUUAGAAAAUAAGGUAAUCAUUAGCAUCGUAACUGGCCUCCCAGGCUGUCAUGCUAACGAACUCUGUGCUUUUCUGGUUACUCUACAUAAGGAAUAUGGCAGGUGGAUGGUGUACCGUCAAAUCAUGGACAGCUCUGAAUGUUUUCAUGCUGCCCACUUCCAAAAGUACCUUUCCAAUGUCCUGGAGACCCAACAGAACCGAUCUGCCCGCCAGUCAGCUUACAUCUGCAAGAAGACCAGACUGCUGGUGGUGGUACAAGGCUACAUGGAUGUUAUUGAUGUUGUCCAGGCCCUGCAGACUCACCCAGACUCAAACGUCAAGUCCUCUUUCACUAUUGGUGCCAUCACUGCAUGUGUGGAUCCUCUGAGCUGCUACAUGGAGCACAGAUUUCUCUUCCCUAAAUGUCUUGACCAGUGUUCACAAGGCUUGGUGAAUAAUGUGGUAUUCACUAGUCACACCAAGGAGCAAAGGCACCCACUCCUUGUUCAGCUACAGAGCCUCAUCAGGGCUGCCAAUCCUACAGCAGCAUUCAUUCUUGCAGAAAAUGGGAUUGUUACAAGGAAUGAGGACAUUGAGCUGAUUCUCUCAGAAAAUAGUUUUUCAAGUCCACAGAUGCUACGAUCUCGAUACUUAAUGUUUCCUGGCUGGUAUGAAGGUAAAUUUGAUGCCGGAUCUGCCUUUCCACUAAUGGUUCAGAUAUGUGUAUGGUUUGGCCGUCCUCUGGAAAAGACUCGCUUUGUGACCAAGUGUAAAGCAAUUCAGUCUUCCAUGAAGCCAAGUCCCUUCUCUGGAAAUAUCUACCACAUCCUUGGCAAAGUGAAGUUUUCAGACUCUGAAAGGACCAUGGAGAUCUGCUAUAACACUCUGGCCAACUCCCUGAGCAUUGUGCCAGUUUUGGAGGGACCUGUGCCACCCCCUGACUCAAGAAGCACACCUCAAGACAACAACAGGCAGUCAGACUGCUACCUUGUGUUCAUCGGCUGCUCUUUGAAAGAGGAGAGCCUUAAAGACUGGCUACGACAGUCAGCUAAGCAGAAGCCUCAGAGGAAAGCUCUGAAGACCAGAGGAAUGCUGACCCAGCAGGAGAUCAGAAACAUCCAUGUGAAACGGCACCUUGACCCCCUACCUGCAGGCUACUUUUACAAUGGCACCCAGUUUGUGAACUUCUUUGGUGACAAGACUGAUUUUCACCCACUCAUGGACCAAUUCAUGAAUGAUUAUGUAGAAGAAGCCAACCAAGAGAUUGAGAGGUACAACCGUGAGCUGGAGCAGCAGGAGUACCAUGACCUCUUCGAGCAGAAGUCCUAGAGAAAUUCAACCCAUGCCCACCAGAGAUGGAUAAAUGAAUGGGUGUCCAACCCCAGUGCUCCCUGAGGCCCCUCCUGAAGGGGGCUGUCUCUUCGCUUGCCCUCUGCCUGCCAGCUUAGUACAUACUGUCUUUAUUCUCACUACUGGCAACACUGAUUUGGGGCUGGGGGGUAUUCAAAGAUGACUGCCCAGUGUGCACCAGCAGUUCAGGGCCCCUGAGUCUCUGGUAAAAGAAUCUCCCUUAGAAUGCUAGUACUGAGCCAUGCCUCCAGCCCCUCAGUGGCAAAUUCUACAUUCUAGGCCUGCAUUCUACAGCUGAGCCCAUAGCACCCUUUUUACUUCUGUGGCAGCACCUCACUAAGUUUCCCAGGUUGACCUGGAACUCACUCACUCUGUAGCCAGGCUAGCCUUGAAUUUAUAGUCCUCCUGUCUCAGCCUGCUGAACUGGGAUUAUAGCCAUGCACCACCAUGCCCCACUAGGGAUGUUUUCAUGUUGUAAAGACAGUGUAUGUUGAAUCUCAAUCGCACCCCAGGCUUAGUAAUUCACUGGGAAACCCCCACUAUUUGUAUAGGCAGUGGAGGCCCAGCCACCCUAUUUUGAGGAGAUACCUUUUACAGUCCAUUUUCCAGGUGCCCUGAGGCCUGGCCAUGCAAGUGCCUUCUGAAGUCGUGACCCUUGGCCUUCAGGGUAGAUCUGCUUCUCAUGGAGCUUACUAAGCAGUAGGACCAACACAACAGACACCUGAUCCUUUAAGUCCCAUCUUACAAGGUCAGGCUGAGAGCUCAGGUGUGUGGUGAGAACCUCAGAUGCCAAUCUAGAUCUCCCAUGAAGGAUGAGAUAGUCUCAUGGGUUCCAGUGAUAGGAGGGAGUCAGCUAGAUGCACAUGUGGGCCUGGGAGGCCUGAAAGGGGUGCAGAGCCACCAGAGGUGGUGGCUUCAGGAUGGCAUGUGGAAUCAGUGCCAGUGACCCAGGAGCCAAAUGUGCUAACCUUUCAUGUGGCCUGUGUUCAUAUGAAUCCUCCACUGUCACACUGCAGGCCCAUUGUCCCUGGCCUAUGCUGCCCCUACCCUGGCCAUCUGUGAACCUCUGAGAGCUUGAAUGGUUGAGAGGUACUGGCACCUGGUUAGUCUUGCUCCCAAGUGGGCACAUACCACUGGCUUCACACAUGCUGUGGGUGAUGAUAGUGCUGGUGAUACUUGGCUCAGGUCUCAUGAGAUCCCUGGGCAUGUUUCCAAGCUAGCCCACUCCUAGCAGAAGGUAGGGAGCCUUGGGCUGGUCAUGCCUGAGAGCCCUAGAGUAUUGUGGCUGGAAGGCCAUGGUUACAAGCCUGCCCCAGUGUGGAGGGGCCACAUUCUGGGAGCAAAUUAUGUGACCAGCUUUCUUUGUCUGUGUGGGCAGAAGGAGACAGGGUCUUUCUAUGUAACCCUGACUUGCCUCAAACUUUCAGCAGUCCUCCUUCCUCUGCCUCCAGAAUGCUGGGAUAGCAAAUACGUAGUCACUGUGACCAGCUGCAAACUGUAGGUAAUGGGAGAGCCCCAAACCAUAUCCCUCAUGUACUGCCACAUCCAGCAGGUCUCCUAUGGGACAUUCAUCCAUUGGUGCUCUGGGCAUACACUUCCACAUGUGUCCUAGCCUCAACUACCAUUUCCAGGUAUUCAAAUACCAGUGCCACCAGCUUAGUCCAACUCCUAGGCUUCUGGCAACUUCUCACUUCCACCUAGCCUCUCUAUUCCUCUGGUUUUGACUUCCAGAGCCUUUAUCCUGUGUGUCCCUUUAAAGACACUGCUCAGCUAUCGCAGUAUUCCACAGCUACCAGGCCCAAGCCACCACCCUUCUCUUUCUGCUGUGGAGAUUCUGAGAGGCUAAGCUCUGCUUAGUUCAAGCUCAACAGCUGUCUUGUCCCAGUGGAUCCUUCACCAUCAUGUCAGGGAACAGCUGUGACAUGUAAAAACAAAUCACCUAAAAAUAACAAAAAUAAUCCCCUUGUGCUGCUGAGUCACCGUAUGAGGCAAAGCCUUUACAUUACAUAAAGGAACUGCUGGAACUUAAGAGAAACCCUGCCUCCUCCAGCAGUGACCAGCCUGAGAUCCACAGCACCUUCUAAGUGAGGGAAUUUCCUUUAUGAGCUGAAUGAGGGGAGGUGUGAUGCUUUCCUGAAAUGUAAAGCUCUUGAAUUAAGAGCAGCAGUCCCCAUGAGCUCUCCUCUGCCUUCACUUUGUACCUCUGGCAAUGGUCACCUCCCUGUCAAGGGAGUGUCCUAUAACUGGUUACCCUUGGCCCAGGGUCAGAUGAUUUGUGGGGUACUGGUCUUUAGCAUGCGACUUCCCUGUCCCCUACUGUAGAAAACCACAUGCUUCAGGAAAUAUGCCCCCAAAUUAUGCUCCUAGCUCUAAAUUUACUGGCUUCUGAGGACCAGGAAUUUCAAAGUUCCAGUACCCCUGUUAGAAUUCAUCAGCAGAGGUGAAUUAAUAUGAUCCAGGCCUAGCUAUCAUAAUUAGUGUGGGGGCAGGGUCACGGCACUGAUACUUAGGAGAUAUCUACUAGGACUGGUGCACCUCAGCUAUUUGUAAUAUAAAUGUUUCUUUUUUAAUUUUAUAUACUUUUUGCAUGCACUAGGAAGAAGCACAUAGUUUUGUAAAAGCAGCAUAGUGUCCUGUGAUGUAGAGGGGUUUUAAGAAAGAGUCCUGGCACAGAAUAGAGCCAGGAUGGAGCAUAUGUGAUCCCUGUGCUGAUCACACAGCCCUACAGGCUAAAGUAGAAAAGCAGUUAUCAAAGGGCUUGGCAUGUUGGUGAAAUAUAUUAGGAAAACAACCAUAUGUGACAACAAACCAACCAAACUGCAAGCACCACUGAGAAAUCUUAUAGUAAGAAAGGUCCAUAUGCUCCAGGUUCCUGUGGAACCCACAUCUGAGAGCCUUUGUCUCCUGGCUAGUCACAGGCCAGCACCCAUGAAACCCUGCUUCUGCUUCAGAAUCAACAGCAUAGAUCUUAAGUGCAAUUGAUUGAUAAGCAGUGUAUUAAUGUAGCUUCCUUUAGCUCCCCUGAGCUCUUUUUAAAAACUAAAACUUGAGCAGCCUUGAAAAAGGGAAAAGGGAAAAGGGAGGGUGGGAGGCAAGGAACUAUUUCAUUUCCUGCAGGGGUUACUGUGAAGUUUUCAGUCAAAGCUCUAAAUCUAAGAGUUUGAGCCAUUUCUUUGGCUGUCCUGGCCUGGCUGCUGCACAAAAGUUUUUAAAGAGGGGUCGGAGCAGGCACAAAAGUGGGCCCUCCUACCAUGUGGGACUGCACUACAUGUUAACUUGGUUUCUGACCAUUGUCCAUAGGAAUGCUCUCUUACCAACCUGCCCACUGCCUCCAUUCCUCUCAGAGAGAGAAAACUGAUUACCUCAACUUGAAUACAAAACUGUGAUUUUAAAAGAAAAAAUAAGAAAGUAUCAAAGCCAAAACGGCAAACUAGCUGAGGCCUCUAUAGAUGCUCCCAGCCUGCUUGGGAGUAUGAAGGGGCACACUGGUGAAAGGGCAUUCCUGGGCAUACUUGCUAUUCCCCUAGUGAAGGGAAUAGCAAAAGCGCACUGUGAGCUCUUUGAGGACUGGGCGGGGUCAUGCUUGUUCCUGCACUGAUGCCCAGAACUUGUGGGCCUCUUGCCUCUGACUGGCAUUUAAUAUCCACUUGAUUCCUCUGGUCAAGGAGUAAAGUCUUGGGCUGACCUGGAGGAAAGGCCAUAACACUGUGUUUGAGCUUUUGACCUUAGAAGUGGAUACAGGGACUCAGCAAAGAUACAGUCCUCCAGGGGCUUACAUACUUUCUGCCAACUUUCCUAUUAGCAGCUUCAGUUUUAUAUCACCAGAGUGAGUGUGAUAGUGGUGAAAUCGCUGAAGUUACGAGUUGUUUUGUUUUGAUUUUAUGUGUUUUUUUAAUGGUAGGGAAGAGGCAGAAGUUGGAGAAAAUGGAUUUUGCUAGGAAGGUGCCACUGACAACUUGGCUCUUCAGCUUUCUGACCUGAGCCCUGAACAUUGGUCUUUCAGGGUGUAAGCAAUAAAAAGCUUCCUCCUUGGACUGGGGAGAUAGCUCAGUGGGUCAAGUGCUUGCUACACAAGCCUGAGGACCUGAGUUCAGAUCCCCAGUACCCACGUAAGGAUACUGGGCAUGGUGGCGCAUGCCUGUAAUCCCAGUGCUAGGGAGAUAAAGACAGGAGGAUCUCUAGGAUUUGCUGGCUAACUGGUCUCACUGAAUUGGUGAGCUCAGGUUCAGUGAGAGACCCUGUCUCAUAACAACAUGGCAGGGAAGCAACAGAGAAAGAGACCUAAUAUUGACCUCUGGUCUGUACAUACACACAUGGUUUUCUGCACAUAUAUGUGUGCCUACAAACAUGCAAAAAAAAAAAAAAAAGUUUCCUCCUAAAUGCUAUUGGGAUUUUGGAGAAUUUUUGCACAAUAAUAA